CACUGAAGUUCAUUCGUAAACACAAGGCCAAUGCUCCCAUUACGCGCGCAAUUUUCACCGUGUAGGGCAAAUUUGCAGAUUGCGCCAAAUUUCAGCUACUUUAUCGAGAAUUGCGCUGGAGAACUGAUACCCGAAAUGUUUGAAAUUUUGAUUACGGAGGCUUUCUAGCAUCACCUCAAGGAUGAGCAAGAAGGAGAGUGUUAAACUAACGCCCAGGACAUUCUCCUCUUGGGUGGACAAACGCGACCUGGUUAAAAUCUACAACAGCUUCACCAGCGAUGCUGUUGCGCAAGAGCUGCUUGGGUCUUUGGGGCUUCCGAAGAAAAAAGCGCUGUGGAAUUACAUCUGCGAAGCUCUUUUCUCGCUUUCUCCUGCUGAGCACUCUCACGCAAUUGUGCCACGUCCUGCCUCAGUACCUGAAGUUCGCGUCAACGGUUUCAUCAGAGAAAAUGGAGAGGUAGAACUGGAGGACCCUCCAAGAAGACACGGGAAGAGACGGAAAAUCAACAAUACUUCGUCUGAAGAAGAUUCCAAAGAAAAUGUUGUGCUCCACCUUCCUGAAAACCCUAGUGAUAAAGCCAGUAUUGUCCUGAGCUGCAUGAAGCACUACUUGGCCCACAUUAGAGACAAAGAACCGACAAAUACUAGAACUGUCGUAGAUGUCCUAAAUUUCAUGCUCUCAACAAAUCUCUGUGGUCAAAAAGCUAUUCAAAUUUGUGAGAUAAUUUGGAGGAAAAGGUGGACUGGCUAUGAAGUUUUGGGAGCGCAAUGUUUCCAGUACAUGCUUGCCACGGUUGUUAACAACAACAGCAAAAAGGCUGAUGUCAAAAGACUUGUUUUGUACAAAGAGGUUGUUGGUCCAACCGCACCCUUCAUUCCUGGGAUCAUCCCAAGCAUGGCUAUGUGCCUCACCAGCAAGAUCGUCCUCUCGGAUAGUAGCAGUGUUGGUCUUCUCUCUAGAUUCUUCACCCUCAGUGCAAAAUAUACAGAAUUGUUUCACUCUCAUGUAAAAAAAGCAAUGAUCAACCAAACUAAGGCUGAAGCAAAAGUUUAUGGCCAGGUUUAUGGACUCACACUCAACAAAGCCUCACCUGAACUACAAGACAUUCUCAAAAACAAAUGCAUCCAAGAUUUUAUACAGAAAUAUAUAAAUGUUCACUGGGACCUGAAAGCUCAAAAGAUGAAGCCUCACGGACUUUUGCUGGAGACUUUUUUGGAGGAGCUCUACUUCAGCACAGCCUCCAACCCAGUUGGAUUCAAAGUGCUGCUUGAUGCUUUUGAGCCCCUGUUGUGGCGCAAUUUAUCAUCUGCCAAUCCUCUCCAAAGAGCAACGUCCAUCACUUUACUUUACAUGAUGUACCCCAUUGAACCACCAAAUUUCAACAGAGUGGAACAAGAAAUGCUAAACAACAAGCAGAAUGAGUUCAUUCUAAUGUCACUAGAAGAUCCCAAUCAUGUAGUCCGUCUUAUAUCAGUUAAGAAAGUGAGGUACAUAUUGGCAGAUACAUGGACUGUCAUGCCGAGACCUUUCAGAGUGGCUGUUUGCAAUGCUAUUUUCAACAAACUCGCCUUUGACAAGUCCAGCUCUGAUAUCCGUAGAGAGGCUUUGAUCACCAUAAGAAGCUUCAUUAAUGAUGACAACUACCACAUGUGCCUUUUCAUGUCAAAAUUCUUUAAGUUUCUGAAGCCUUCCAUCUAUGACGAAAACAAGCAAGUCAGAAAGGCUAUGCUGCAAGUUCUCCAAGCUUUGCAGGAAUUCCGACACCCCAAAGCUUUAGCAAAUGAGCAGUCAGACGAUCGAGCAAGAGUCUCGAGAUGCUGGGAUAUUGUGUCUUUACGAGAACUUAUUGAAGUCAUGUCAACCGAGGAAGCCACUUCCUCCAACCUCAGAAUUGAAGUGGAGCUGGCAUUCAAAAGUAUUCAUCCUGAAGAGGCUGCAAAAGAGAGUUCAGUCAUCAACCGAGUCAUCUGGCUCAUCAAACAAGGUCAACAACUGGCCAGAAACUUCUAUGAAAACUCACUGCCGGUGCUUCCAACAGAAAAAGCUAUAGUUUUUAUGACAAAAGUGAUGGGAAGACUUGGGGCACACUUCAGAGAUUUUGACAAAAAAGGAAAACCAAAAAAGAAGGAAAAUACAGAAAAACCUGUAGCAAAAAGCCGUAAGAGAAAAGGAGCCAUGCUAGAAUCUGCUGAAGAGACGAGUGAAGAUUUGGAGAAUUUCGGGGGAAAUAAAGAGCAGGAAGAGAGCAAGUCUCAAGACAAGCAACUGGAGCCAGUGGCUGAGAGUUUGAAAAACCCAGCAAUUGUUGCUGGCUUACUUGACGUUGUGAUGAUUUUGUGGGUGAAGCAUGCAAAGACUCUGAAUGAAAAGAGUCACACUGAAGCCCUGUUAAAGUUUGAGAGCACUGUUCAGCAGUCACUUGAGUUCAUUUUUAGGGAGUGGAAGGACAAUAUCCAAGUUUUGGGUCCGAUCCUUCACAUUGGAAGUAUGCUGCCCUCCAAAGGCAUGAAAAGGCUGCUGAAUUUCUGCAUCAACAGAAUCAAGCUCUUGAUAACAAAUAAUGGAGGUAUCCCUGACCAAGAAAUCAAAAUGCUUGCCACAGGCGUUUGCAACUGGGACUCGGCUGACAUUUUGCUCGAAAUGACUGGUGAAUGGCUCGCUGAGUGCAUCAAAACGGCAAUCUCCAAGAGCAAAUCAAAAGCCAAAAAGCAAGUUGAGGUGGAUCCUGAUAUUGAGAGCAAAGCGUCAGCAGGAUUGCUCAUUCUGGAAAAGGUGAUCACACACCCAGUGGCACAUGCAGUCAUCGUUGAGAAAUCACCGACGGCUCUGCUGACUUUGCUCAAGGCCGCCGAAGGUGUGAAAAAAGUCAUCGACCAACGCCUCACAACGCAGACACCCGUACCCUCCAUGCCUGACAACCUCAUCGUCAGCAGCUUCAAAAGGUAUGUUGCCUUGAUCAACCUCAUCCCCUCCACCAAAGAAACAAACUUCAACCCAAACUCCGAAUUUGGGAGCGUCCUGACUUGGACCGAAAAGAUCAUCUUGCCUCGGACUUCGGAAGCCGAGCUUUCUUCCUUCCUGGUUGGUCGACGGUCAGCUCCUCUUGUCACCCAACUUCUUUCGGUUGUCCUUCGAUGCAUUGCCAUCGCCGCCCACAAAAGCCCAAUGUCCAAAGAACUCACAACCAAAGUGGUCAAUUUCUGCCAAAAAAUUCUUUCCACCCCAGCGGCCACCUAUUUGGUCUCGAGUCUCAUUUGCACCGCGAGUGGCCUCUUUGUGAACGGGGUGCUCAUCAAGAAAGGCAAGCGAGAGGGCACUGUGGCCAAAGACCUGCUCGAGGUCACCGUGCCCAACCUCCUGGCUGCAAUUCUGGACGCUCCGGCAAAGGCCUCAAAACUGGAAAUGCUCAUCGAGAGAGACACCGUGGCAAAGAAUGAACUCAAGUCAAAUAUCGAGGAAUUGUACAACGCCCACUACGCCAUUUUCCCACGUAACGCCGUCCAGAUCCACACCCUGGACAAGUCCUUCGUCAAGGCUGUCUUCAAUACCCUGCUUGGCGCCGACUCAGGAGACUCUGGUCUGCCGUAUUUUGCUGAGUUUCUGAUCAACGAGUUUCAGCACAGCUCCCUCAUCACCCCCGAAAAAUUUUGGUUGAUGAUCCGAGAACUUGUCGAGGGUGGUUUGGGCAUCACCCCACAGGGCCGAACGGCCGUCGAGGUGUUCCUGGUGGUGGUGGGCACCAAGUGGCCCUCUCUGCUGCCGUACAAGUACGUGGACAAGUGCCACCAACUGCUCAGCAGUUUGGCAUCGGACAAAGGCGAACCUGAGGAACUGCUUGACCUCAACCAAUCCUUCGCCAUCGACCAAGAUAACUUAUGAUAUUCACUCAGGAAACUGACUUCCCGCAUUUAUAUAUUUUUGCCUCCAAAAGAUCUCCGAAUAUUCAUUGUUGAUUUAUCCAGUUUUAACUUCUGCUAAAAACCAUUGUGCCUCCCGUGGGACCAAAGUUGAGACUGACUUUGACCAUUAAUGAUAAAUUCAAAACUAAAGGAAAUAUUUAAAUGCUAAUUUUAAAUUAUUUAGAGCACUAUAUUUUGUAGUAGAAAGGAUGCAUUAUUACUUAAAACCAAUUAUUUCUUUUUUUGUGUGCGAGUCGAUUGUAUUAAAUUUAAAGUAUAAUAAAGAGGCUAAAUUUUCUACUUUGAUACAAAUAAUGUUAAAUUGGAUUAUUUCAUUAAUUAAUAAAAGUCGCCAGUGCAAAUAGCUGCCGAGCAAUUUUAAUUAUAAUGGCACUAUGUUUUUUUCUCUCCUACACGUUUUGAAGUCAGUCCGCAAUCUUUUGACGUUUGUUCUAGAUAAAUUGUUAAUUCCUCUCACUGGAUGUACAGUCGCUCGUAGAUCCACUCCGGUAGGUGUGUUUGGACCAGACACCUGAUUUUCCAGUCAAGUUCCAUUGGCUGAUACCUGGGAGCAGGAAAAGUCUGUACCAGGGGUUGAGUCAAACAAACCA